CGCGCGAUGCAUUGUCUGACAUGAAUAACGGGUGUGUUUUGACACUUGAAACGCCUUGAUCGCGGAAAGCAUUCCGAUGCUAUGACAGUCGCUUCUCUUAAGGUAUUUCGUAUACCUUUAUUUUAACACUAUAGACUGCAUUCUUGUUUAUUGCUAUCCGGAUACUGCUCUUUGCAACAAGUGGAAUUUUGGUGUGCAGACCACGAUCCAGCUGUCAUGGAGGAGCAAAAGGAUCAAAAUAGUCGUGAUUCGACUGAGUCUGAGAGCGUCUCGCUCUCACCCAAUAUACCAUCUCCUCCGAUUUUACCUCACCAGGCUGCGCAGCAAGCCCACAGAACCACGAACUUUUUCAUCGACAAUAUUCUAAGGCCAGAUUUCGGCAGCAAGAAAGAUCUUGGGAGUAGGGACCGGGCGCAAACCUCGGGUAGGGAGAACGUUAACCCAAUGGUGAUAAGGCCGUCGCAUAAUAGCAGCCUUUGCCAGGAUUCAAACUGCAGUAGUGACAGCACUUCUUCGUCCUCGUCCUCUUCGCCAUCCUCAAAGCAGACCUCUGCAAAGCUUGUCGAAGGAAAUGGAACUACCACAGCAAGGUACGGGGAGAAUACUAACGGGGGAACUUCGCAAGCGAAAGAAUCGCAGCCUUUACUAUGGCCUGCGUGGGUGUACUGCACCAGGUACUCGGACAGACCUUCAUCUGUUUCUACACUAGGCCCAAGGACACGAAAACUGAAAAAGAAGAAAAGCGAGAAGGAAGACAAGCGACCGAGAACCGCUUUCACGGCUGAACAGCUGCAGAGACUUAAAGCCGAGUUUCAGGCGAAUCGGUACAUUACGGAGCAGCGGAGACAGUCGCUGGCCCAGGAACUCAACCUCAACGAGUCGCAAAUAAAAAUCUGGUUCCAGAAUAAGAGGGCCAAAAUCAAAAAGUCCACUGGCUAUAAGAACGGCCUCGCUCUUCAGCUCAUGGCUCAAGGACUCUACAACCAUUCCACAACAACAGUUCAAGAAGAUAAAGACGAUAGCGAAUAAAAAUGGCCCGGCUUCUCUCCUAAAAAUGCCAUGGACGCUGACGCUGA